UCGCGAUCUUCCCUCAAGCUGAUAGUAUCAGAGAACUGGACGAUGAGGAUAACACACGGUUACGGCAGCGACUCAGAGCUGGCUUCUUAUGAACACGAUGAAUUUAUUCCCUCCCCGGGAUCAGAGGAAAACCCUGACAAAUUCUUAUGUACCAUGAUGAAGUCUGAUGGUGACCUUUGUCACGGUUGUGGGGAUCUGAUUACAGAACGCUUUCUUCUGCACGUGAAUGGUCAGGCUUGGCACGUGGGGUGUCUCCGCUGUUGUAUUUGUCAGAUUGGUCUGGAACGACAGACAUCAUGCUUCAUCAGAGAAGACAACAUUUACUGUCGAAACGAUUAUUCAAGAGAGUUUGGAACAAAGUGUGCUAAAUGCUACCGAACCAUACAGUCCACAGACUGGGUGAGACGCGCGCGGGAAAAUGUUUACCAUUUGGCCUGCUUUGCAUGCGACAGUUGUAAAAGGCAACUGUCUACAGGGGAGGAGUUCGCACUACAAGGGGACCGGGUCCUAUGUAAAAGUCACUACAUGGAACUUCUGGAGGGGGGAUCCAAUAAAGAUUCGGAAUGCAACCAGAAAUCAAAAGCGAAGCGAGUAAGAACUACCUUCACAGAGGACCAGCUGCAGGUUCUACAGGCUAACUUCCAGCUGGACAGUAACCCGGAUGGACAGGACUUAGAGCGGAUAGCACAGAUAACGGGUCUCAGCAAACGUGUGACACAGGUGUGGUUCCAAAACUCCCGGGCACGUCAGAAAAAGCAACAACAGGGCGGGGAACAUACCAGUCCCUCCUCAAACUCAUCCCCGUCCAAAACACACAGUCCCCAACAUUGGCUGAAUGGAUCCGACAGUCAGCAUAGUGACAGCUACUCCUUCUCUGACUGACUCUCACUAAAUCACAGUCGCAUGACAAAAGACACCAUUGCCAUUGGCCAAGCGUUUCAUGAUCUGGAAAUCUUCAUGCUAAAUUAUUUUUGAAGUAUUUUAGUUCUAUGAGCUGUUGUCUCUAGUCAUGUAA